AUGCCCGUCGCUACCCUCCACCUCCUUACCCUUGCCAAAUCUACAGAUGCGCAAUCGUUCCUUCAGCAACUCAAGCAAUCGCCCAAUACUCGAGUCAUUGUCGCCUCGCGCCCACGUCAUGUCGUAAUCCACCCAAAUAUACUAGACAAUAACCCUCUCGCCUCCAACUUAUGGGACUUACUAGUCCUCCUUCAAAUCACCCAACCAACCGAACAAGACCCAAUUCCAAGUGUUUUGCGCCACCUAAUCACGAAUGAAUACAUAAUAACCACCGGAGUCCCCUCGAAGCUCCUCUCCAACUACUCGUCCAGAGACACCCAAUUGAAGAACGACGCCUCAUCUAUACCUCUCACAGGUUCCCUGGAUAGUAUCCUCCGCGAGGGAAGCAAUGUGGCUUCACAGAACCUGGAAGUGUCGCCCGAGCUGCUGAAAUUCAUGAAUGAACUUUCACAGACCCAUCAGGGACCCGUGACCAUGCUGAACCUGCUGCAAUUCCACCAUCCUGAUGGAAAGAAUGAUUACUAUCGGUACGGCCAGGCGUUCGUUCCUGUCGCGGGGAAACGCGGCGGCAAUGCCAAGUUGGUGGGCAAUGUGGUGCAACCUGCGUCGGAGAAGGGUGAUUCGCGGGGGUCGAGGGGUCGGUCGCAGCAGGAUUGGUGGAAUGAGUUUUCUAUCGUGCAUUACCCUUCCAUCCGACACUUCUGUGAUAUGCUUGCUGGGGAGGAUUAUCAGUCUAUCAACGAGAGGUAUCGGUUAUCGGCCCUUCGUGAUACAUUCUUGCUAUGUUCAACUGAGUUCGAUGUUGAGGGCCUCGCAAGCUCCAAGCUAUGA